GUCUGAAGAGAAAAAAAUAAAUAAGAUGAAUGGAAAGCGUACGUUUUUACAUUCUUGACAUGCUGAAAGAGUGACUGUAGUGUUGAGGAGUUAUUCGGGCUGCUGGAUGGAGUGCAUCUGUCCACAAAGCCACACCUGCACCACCUGCUGGACUUGAGUGAGUUAAACCAAUUCUCUCAGUGUUUCUCUAAGCAUUUGAAUCAGUGGCGGAGCUAGAGUUUUAAAUAUGGGGUGACCAAGGCUACUUCAGGGGGUCCACAGACCAUGACAGAAAAUUUGUGUUUAACCCUGACCUGGGGCCCGUUUCAAUGAGGAGGUUCAACCAACACAGAGUUAAAAUGUGAACUCUGAGUUGUUUAAAACCGAGAUGUGAAACUUAAAAUUUUUGGUUUCAGAACAGCUGAUUUGAGUUAGUUCUAUCAACUCUGGGUAGACUUACCUUGAGUUAAGCACUUGCACCACAACUAUGACAAGCCAUGAUCAAUGGAGCUCCGAUAUUACCGUUCACCAUGGCAACGGCACCAAAAAAAAGCAACAUGGUGGCAGAAAGUGCUUGAGAGCGAGGCGCUCUGCAUACAGUGGAUUUACUAAUGUGUAAAUGACUUAAGUUUAAAUUGAUAAAAAGAUAAAUGUACCAAUAAAUAAACAAACAAAUUAAUCAGUGAAUGAAUGAAACAACAGAAAUAAAUCCAAAAUAAAAAAAUCUGUCUCUCACUCGUCAUGAGUACUCUAGUGAGCCUUAUGAGACAUCAUGGUGUAUGGGACACUUGUUAGUGUCAGACUCUCGUGAUAAAUUCAGAGUGAUUGUCGGUUCGAACCCUGCUCGGAGCAGUUUUGGGUAGGAAUGGCUGCACGUCUAAAUUAAUUGUUUAUUACCUUUAUCACUGCAUUUGUCUGUAUUUAUAUUUCUUUAUUCAUGCACUUUAUUAGCACACUUUAUUAAGUCAUUUCUUAUCCUCCAUAGAAAACUAACAUUUGUGAGAACAUGUAAGGGAAAGAAUCUGCUCUGAUGUAAUUCACGGCCAUGAUGGCUGAUGUUAUUGAUAUAAAGAUGGAUGAGAUAUAUUUUGAUAUAUCUAAUUCACUGUAAAGAACAAUGGUACAGUUUUAAUAAAAAUCCACAGGGAAAUGACAAAAUUCCACUCAGGUCCUAAAUUCCUCUCCUGAAAUCAAAGUACAUCCCUAUGAAUGAAUGCAGCCUCUUCACAUACAGGAUCCUCUAUAAAAGCACUUUUAGUCACUGAGAUGGUCUCUGUGUGAUCAAAAUGUGUGUCAUGAAUGAAUGAAUGAAUGAGGUAAACCACUUGUGCUUUAGGGGGAGGAGAUUGAAAGAAACUCUGUGUUUACCAAAGAAAACCUGCUCCCGACCAGGUUAGGUUCACAGAGUAAGUUACUAUGGUUACUGAAUCUGAGUAUAAGUUACCUCUCCUUUAGAAACGGGCUUGAGUUACCCAGCUUUUUCUGGUUUGACUUACCUCACAUUCUGAAAUGGAAAACCCAGAGUUUCCCUCAUUUCAGGGUUAAUUUACUCAGUUUUCACUAAACCUCCUUUCUGAAACGGGCCCCUGGCAUCGAAUUAUAAAUAAAUAAAUAAUAGGAUUGCAGAUUAGAGGUACAAGUGAUAAUUUACUUCCCAUAGUUUAAAAAAAAUGUAUACAAAACAAUUGCACAACGUAAUGAUAUUAAUGUAAUUCUAAAUGUAUGAAGAUGAAAUAAAUUAUAAAAUAUAAAUGAUGAAAAUGUUGAAAACGGCAGCAUAUCAGAUGUUAUAAAUAUAAAAAAUAUACUCAUUCCAUAGGACUGCAAGAUUAAAACAAAAUCAUUGAUGCUGAUUAUUGCUCUUGAUGUUGUCAUCUUGAUUAUUACUUUCAGAUAUUAGAAUUUUAAUUAGCGUUUUACAUGCUACAAAACAAGCUGAGACGCGUUUAUUAAUUAUUUUAUUGCUGUUUUGAUUCUCUAAGGAACAUAAAAGUCUGUUAUUCAUACGGGAAAUAUAUAGAAAACAAACAAAGAACAUCCAACAUCACUAAAACACUGAAUGGCUUCGGGUUAUACAGUAAAGAGCCUGACUACUCUAAUGAAUCUCUUUCUUACAUCGUAUCUGUACGCGGUUGUUAAUGAUAAACUUUGUGAGCGUGGAGCACUUCAGCACAGCUCUUCUUCACCUGUGAAUCAUUUAAACACCUCUGAUUGGCCAGUAUAUUCAUACCAUGAACUUGAUUGGCUGUCAUGCUCAAAAGUGAAGCAGAGCAAAAAUGCUGUCAUCCACAUUCGUUCAUUUUCACCUAUUCUUAUUUAGAUUGCGACUGUCGUAGCUCGUUUUUGUUGUUGUCAUUUUUUUUACGAAGCCUCUGUUAAUUUCCGACCCUGAUGUAAACAAUGUAUGCUGGGAACAGAUACUAUAGGUGAAAUCUAUUAAUAGAGCCUAACAUUAACUUGCACAAUGAAAAUGUUUAGGAAUCCUAAACCCAAGGCUAGAGUGAAACUUAUUUAAAAUAUGAUGCUUCCUUCGUGUGUAUUUCUAAAGUUGUUUGAAGAACACCUGCUUAGAAUGAUAAAAAAUAGGGGAACUCUCCCAAGACUGUUUAUAUUCAUCUAAGGUUAGAAAACUUUGUUUACACAACAUAAAGGUGUAACGUUAGAAAGUAUGUAGAUAACACUAUAAUGGUAUGGUUCAACAAAAACAAGGUACCUGGGUUUUUCCUAUCUUGAAAUGGCUAGCAAGCGAGUGCAUUUUAAUGUUCCAUUUGUUUAGCAAAUUGCAGCAAUCCAUUUGCUUCUUUUUUAUCUUUAAAAAAAUCUCAGAUCUCGCGCUGUACAAUCCAUCACACAACAACUUUUUUACGUUCUAAACAGAGUAAUCAAAUUUUGGGGUGACACCCAGGGUGGCCAAUUGGGUGUCAGGGUUGUUCAGUGCCACCUUGGACCCCCUUCUGGCUCCGCCACUGGUUUGUAAAGUACGUUGUAUUGUAUUUUUAGGUGUCCACCUUCUCCCUCAAGUUGUGUUAAAAAACAGCAGCCCCCUGUGACACCAGUUCGUGUAGCUCCAGCUUGUCAGUGAGUUAAAUAAAAUGUCUUGACUUAUAAGUGCUCAAAUGUUUGCAGAAACUGUAUUUAAAAUACUGUUUCUUGUAUUUUUAGGCACAAUCAUCCUGACUCCUUUAGACAUGAUCCUUAGACAACAGCCCCCCCCCCCCUUUUAGAACAUCUGGUCCACCUCAAUGAGUUAAACAAAAUGUUUAAACUUUUUAAAGUGUUUGAAUAUUUGUAGAAACUGUCUCUAAAGUACUGUUUCCUGUAUUUUUAGGAGGAAUCAUCAUGACUUUUGGUCCUUUAGAAAACAGGUCCCUCCUUUCAGAACAUCUGGUCCACAUCAAUGAGUUAAACAAACUGUCUUGACUUUAAAGUGUUUGAAUGUUUGUAGAAACUGUACUUUAAUGAAGGAUGGGCAUGAAUGACUUCUCUUUGCCAUUAGAGGGGAGAUUUUAGUGCUGUUGGUAUUUUGAGCCUCCAAAGACAAGAAUAUACCUUUUGCUAUACCUCCAUUGUUGUAUCUUCUUUUGCCAGAAAAGAGAUCAUAAAAAAGAAAUGAGACCAUUAACAAUUUAUUAACUUCCAAAAUAGUAGUUUAUGAGUAGUAUAAUUAAACCACCAAAAAAAGUAAAUGUUGGAGGCUAAUGAGAACACCUGGAACUAAUUGUUUUUUAGUUCAGUUUAGUUUUAGGUAAAGGGAUAGUUCAUCCAAAAAUGAAAAAUCUGUCAUCAUUUACUCACCCUCAGGUUGUUUCAAACCUGUAUACAUUUCUUUGAUCCAAUGAACACAGAGAAAGAUAUUUAGAAGAAUGUUAGUUAUACAAAUAUUGUAUUUUUUUGUUCUGUUGAACACAUAAUGAGUUAUUUUGAAGACUUUAGGAAAACAGUUCUCGGGCACCAUUUAAUUCUUCCUACUAGUCCCGGAUCUGAAAAUUACUAACAUUCUUCCUAAUAUCUUUCUCUGUGUUCAUCAGAACAAAGUAAAUUAUACAUGGUUAUGAAAUUACAUAAGGGUGAGUAACUGAGGACAUAAUUUUCAUUUGAAUGAAACAAUUUUCAGUUUUGCCCUGUUGCACCCGGUUUAUUUUUAUUGAACUUUUUAAUAACCUAGAGACCACAACUGAAGAUAAACAUAUUAUUUUGGUAUAUUUAAUAUUUAUUUUGAUUAAUUAUGUGACCUGCCUCCAGGCUUCUUAAACUCUGUUUAAAUCACCACACGUGCUUUUAUUCAGAACUGUAAUUUAACCUAUAUUUACCUAUUGACACGAUUAAGAUAAAUAAACUAAACAAAAAAUAAACAAUUAUCGUAAGUAGAAGAACAUAAUGUAGUCGUUUAACAUAAACUAUUAAGUUAAGGUGUAGGUUUUCUGUUGUGUUUUCAGGUGACUGCGCGACACUGUAUGCUUGUUCGACUUGAUAGGGCACCGCAAGAUCCGACAGGCGGGUGACAUCAAAGUACCGCGAGAGCGAUUCGACAAACCAUAAAAUGUUUCGCUUUCGCGGUACUUCGAUGUCAUCCGACUGUCGGAUCUUGCGUCGCCGAAUCAAGUCGAACAAGCCUAAUAUGUAAAUGCACAACAGUAAUAUCACUAGAGGGCGCCACUCUCCAUCCCCAAUCUCCCGUUAUGUAGUUUCAAACGUUUUUUUUUUAACGUAGGCCUAUUCAUUUAUCAUCGUAUUAGAUCUACAUAUCAAAAACUGGGGUUUUAUUUUUUUUAAAGAACAUUUUAGGUUAUUUUUUAGUGUCUGUAAUGUCACACUGUUAGGCCUAUUUAUUGACAAUGAUUUGAGAAAAUCCUUGUUGCCAGUGUAAACCCAGCCAAUUAGAUAUUUAUAAUCAUUUUAUAUUAGACUUUAAAUUCACAAAAUCUCAAUUUACUGCUAUGAACAUGCACUUAAGUCACGUUGCUUGGCCGGCCUGUGGGUGGCGGUCGAUAAAUUUAGCACAGCACACAGGCUGCGUGUCAAAACCUAGUCAGCUUUAUACCUAGACAGCACUCUAGCCAUCAUAAUCGCGUUUCGAGUCAACAGCAUUUUAAGACAUCUGCGAUGUUUUUUUAUUGCUGCCUGAACGAAAUAUUCUCGCGCGCGCGCGCGCGCACACACACACAGCAUUUGUACGCAUCAAUUGUAUCUAGUGAGUCAGAUAACUUGUUUUGUGACACAGCCAUAAUUCGACACUUCAUUUCACACACCAUUCAUUCCUGCGAUCAGCAUCCCGUGGUGCACGUCUGCCUCGCUGUUGCAUGUCCGCUUAUCCUCCAGGCUGAUUUUACACUCGAGCCGAUGAUGCCGGCCGGAAUAACGGGCACGAUCAUCCUCAUCUUAAAUCGCGGAUGCCGAGGAUCUGCAGGUUAAAGACAACCCCUGAUGUCAUCUACUGAAGAAUAUCUCAACCAAAAUUGUAAAAGAUGCCAAUACUUGCUGAAGCUUUAAGCUUAAAAGCUGAAACCGCUCCAGACCUCAAGGGAGGAUCAACAAGACUGUACAUGAGAGCAUAAGAACACAGAACCCUCUGGAAAAAUGAGUGUGAAUGAAGAACAUGUCAGGUCUUUUGGGACCAGCAAUGAAGAAUGCUGUAGGGAAGCCAGAAACAACAACAGACAUGCCGAGAAAUCCCUGGAUGGAGAUGCUAAUGCUAAUGAAAUCCAGAAGGUGGAUGGAGGAACUUUAGAGGUUGUUGGCACCUUGUCUUCUAUGGGAUAUCUUGCAGAGGAACAGGUGAAGAUUGUUAUCCAGGGCACGGAUUCCCCAUGUGAAGACCCCGAGCUGGCUGAAUUUGAGAUGCUGGAGAGUCAAGAACUAGAGGAUGAGGAUGAGAACACCAGUCCUAAAGAUGUCAAGAUGGGUCCCUUAUCCAAAACAAAUCCUGAAACAAAUGAGCAAGAUUCCACUGUUUGCCUUCAGUCUACGAUCAAAGAAAUUGUGAACAGCAUUGCUCGGACAGAGGUUAACUCUGAGAAUGAUGUUUUUGAGUCUUGCUUCUCCACAAUGUCCAGUCUUGGAGAGAGUUUUGCUAGUGCCCAGGACCACAUCAGUCGGACCCAGAGCUCCACUUCGUGGCAUGCUUCCUCUGGACCGUACCGAACGCUGUCUGAGGACCUUACCCUUGCCUCACAGUCAUGUUUGUCCGAUAAAAGUCGAAGCUCCCAACACACAGAUGCCAUGCAUCAUCAUCCAGGAAAAAAUACAACGCACAAUGGAAGUGUUGAUCUUAAUCUCAACUCUACCACUUUGCCUGAGGAACCUCUUUUAGAAGCACAAGAACAUCAACCAGCCACAGAUUGUAUAACAUGUGAGAGUUCAGGUCAGUUGAUAGAUGGCGUGCGUGAAUGUAGCAUUGUAAGGAUCAAAAAGGUCCAAAACGAACCAGGAAGUGCCGGUCAGGACAAUGCAGGAGAAUCUGGAGUUCCUGUUAUGACAGAAGACAAGGAUUCAAACUUAAAGAAAAUAUAUACUGAGACGAAUUCUUGCCAUCCUGUGAUCCCAGACGACAGAUCUUCUUGUGACAGAAAGUACUCCCUUGAUUUUAUUGAUGAUAUAAAGACUAAAUUUGAAUCCUUUGAUGGGGAAUCUUCUGAUAUGAAUCUAAAUCCCUCACAACCAACCAACUCUGGUGGCUGGGAACCCCAACCGUACAAGAAGCAAGCAUCUUUUGAAAAAACACGAAGUUCAUCCAGUUUGGAAAGGAGGAAACCCUGGGGCAGCCCGUCUCGCCAUGAGACACCUCAGUCCCCUAAACCCACAAGUUCACCUAGAAAACAGCCACCAGCAUCACCAGCCAGAACUAUCAGCACAAGAGAGUCAAGUCAAGAACGUAGUGACACUUUACAGAAGGGAAUCAGCAGUCUGAGGCAACCAAGUAAAAGCUUCCUCAGUAGUAGUAGUAGUAGCAUUCCAAAACCUUCCCUUCCUCAACAACCCAGAACAGAGUCUGAACCUAACAUGUCCUCUCCACCCCAGAAGCCCAAAAAUGUCAGACCAAAAAUCAUCACCUAUAUUCGCAAGAACCCUCAGGUAAAGUCAACGUCUGAAGGUCCUUAUGAAGUAUCCACACUACCGCCCAGACUUACACCAUACAUCAGCUCUCCAGCCCCAAAGGAGCCAAAGCCUGAGAGUCCCAGAGGUUCACCUGUUUUGAGUUCCUCGAAUAUUCUUUAUGACAAGUAUCGGCACGACACACAGAGGUCGGGGUACUACUCCCCUCCAGGAGUAUCUGGAAUCAGACCACCUAGUCACAAUGUCUCACAUAAACUGGUGGGCAAAUCCGACAGUUUCCAUGGCGAGCUUCCAGAUGAAUCCUUACAUGGGGGUGGCAAAGGUGCUCAGCCGAGUACCCAUGAUGCUGCUGGUGUUUUCCGCUUUCCCAGAGCCCUAAGGCCUCAGCUGGGCCUCGGAGCCGUCACCAGACAGCCUGCUGCUAAGAACAGGACGUUAUUACCAGGUCAAAGGUCAGCAUCACCCCUGAGUUAUACGGCUCCAGCUGGUCAGGCUCCAAGCAGUCACCAGGAACCCGCAGUGGAUCAGAAGAGGCUGGCGUCAGGUGUGAGCCCCAAAUUUAUGCUCCCCAAACCAGGUCAGUCUGGACUGCGUCCCCCCGGCUUCUCACACCUGCCUCCGGCCCGACUGGCUGCCUUUGGAUUCGUCCGCAGUGCAAGCGUGUCUUCUGUGUCCAGCAACCAAUCAAACGACAGCACACACAGUGACCCCUGCCGAUCCAGCCGUCCAAACAGUGGCAGUGAAGAGACCCUCCUCUCUCGUUCUCCUCUCCCCUCCACUGAGAGCAGCAGUGGCAGGAGUCCUCACCGCGGCAGCCCCCCCGCCCGCUCUCUGCUACCGCCCCCUCGCGGCUCGCCCGUGGCCUCUAGAAAAGACUUUCAGAGAGAUGAAAUCACACGCCCCAUUGUUUCGUCUCCGAAGAGGUUUGCUGUGAUCUCUCCCAAGCCUCAGUCCCCUGUGCGUCAGAAGUCAUGUGUGGCUCGUCUGGGUGGGCGUUUGGAGGGUGUGGAUGCUGAGAGGGAACGGCUGAUGGUGCAGAAGCUGAGAGAGAGGUGUGAGGAUCAAGCAAAGCAGCUGAUCUCCCUGCAGGAUGAGCUCAGAAAGUCCUCACGGUGUCUGGAUGUGUUCACCAUCACUACACAACACUUCUGCCAGAAGAGUGAGAGUGCUGCAGUGAAGGAAAGGGAGUUAUCCCUGCAGUUAGCCAGGUUCAGGGAUGAAGUGGUGGUCAGUGUUCAGAGGUGGGAGCGUCUGCAGGGUGAGAAGGUUCAGCUGGAGCAGAGUUUUGAGCGGGAGCUGAAGGGACUCCAAGAGGAGCAACAGAAGGAGCUCAAGGCUUUGCAGGAGAGACUGCUUGAGAAGCACAGCGCUGAGAUACAGCGUCUCCAGCAGGAGCAGAGGAGCCACCUGGAGCUUCUCCGCACCCAGCACCAGGAACAGAUCGAGGAGAUGAGUGAAAAUCAUGAGACGGCCCUCACAGAGAUGGAAGCGACUCAUAGUGCGGCUCUGGCCACUCUACAAGAGGAACAUAACAGAACCGUCAAGAACCUCAAGAUGGCACAUGAACAACAGAAGAAAUCAAUGGAAGAGGAAUUUGAGAAGCUUAGACUCUCACUGCAGGAUCAGGUGGACACAUUGACAUUUCAGAACCGCUCUCUGAGAGACCGGGCCAAACGUUUUGAAGAAGCUCUACGCAGAAGCACAGAUGAACAGAUGGUGGAUGCUCUUGCACCCUAUCAGCACAUCGAAGAGGAUCUGAAGAGUCUUAAGGAGGUUCUGGAGAUGAAAAAUCAACAGAUUCACCAACAAGAACUCAAGAUUUCAGAGCUUGAAAAACUGGCCCAAAAGAAUGUCCUGUUGGAGGAGCGUAUUCAGGUGCUACAGCAGCAAAAUGAAGAUCUAAAGGACAGGAUUGACCGCAACCUUGCCAUGUCCAGGCAACUGUCAGAGGAAAACGCAAAUCUGCAGGUGUACGUAGAGAAAGAAAGCAAUGAGAAGAAGCGGCUGAGUCGCACCAAUGAAGAGCUUAUGUGGCGUCUGCAGACGGGCGAGUUGAGCCCUCGAAUGUCUCCCACCCAGUCGCCCCUCCAUCGACCGGCCUCUAGCCCAGCUUCACCCUCCCGAAUGCAGACCUUCCCUAGAUGAGUCAAAUGGCUUUCCACCUCUCGUACUCUCUUUUACACUUAAUUUAAUUUAUGUCACUGUCUUCAACUCACAUUUCACAUCAUUCUCGUCGGAUGAAUCGGAACAUGCUCCACAUAAACCAGAGAAUGUGGUGACAACAUUUUCUUGUUCAUCCCACCACUGAGUGACAUACCUCAACUGAAUGUGGGGAUUUAUUGUUCAGUGUUACUUUAUUUGUUGGACAAUGCUAUUUAUAUAUCUAUUCUUACUGAAUAGGGAUGGAGGUCAUAUAAUAAUUACAUUAGAGCUGGGUGUAUUAUGUACAAAUCUGCCAUUUAAGACUAUUUUUGGAUGCAUAACUUGGUUGUUGGUGUUCGCUUCAUGGAUGUACUACAAAAGUGAUCUUGACUUUGCUCUUUAAAAUGUUCAGUUCACAAAUUCCCUCCAUCAUUAGCAGCAGGACAAGAACAUUAAUGCUUGUAUUGUAGUUGUUAAUGUGCAAACGUCAUCCUGCAUUUGAACGGAAGAGGGACGGUAUUCUUUUUUUACUUACUUAAUCAUCAGUCCUCUCAGUAUGAUGUUUGGCAGGUAGUUUUAAAAUCUUUUUCUAGUGUCUGUUGCAAUGGAUCAGGCUUGAGAUUUUCUGUUCAUACAGAACAUCACGGUGCUUGUUCUUCAGUGUUUGCCUGCAAUCUCAAGCUUUCCCAAGCUUGAUCAGGAGAACACAUCAACCAGGAAUAAUUUCCUCCACUUUGCCUUUUCAAAGAAAAGCCGCUCACCAGCAACCUUUUGUGCAAGCCCAGACAUUACUCAAUAACUCAAAUGCACCUGACAGGAUAUUGCAGGAAGAUCUCGAAAGGCAAGUGUUAUUCAAAUGUAUUUAAAAUUUCAAGAUGGUGACUUGCAAUGUAUUUUAAAUUCAUUAUUAUGAUCAAUUAUUGCUUUUAUUCUGUCAUUUAACAUGAUUUCAGGUGACAGCUAUAAGGAUGUUAAAAUUACAUUUACAUCAGCCGUGUUCAUUGUAGCUUUUCUGAGGAAGAGCGAUUGUCAUGCCUUCAUCAAACUCGCCUUGUUUACAGAAAUCUCUGGAAUGCAUUAAUCUCAUAGAACUGCCUGUGAUCUUGGCUCUUUAUAUCUUCCUACACUGUACAGUAUGUAUCAAAAGUCUUCCGGUUGCUGUGACCCCGAUAAUAUGCUUAAACUUAAUUUGUGCGGACACCACUGAGGGCUUUUGGCAUGUUUUUAGAGGUUUAGCGUGAUAUUCACAGAAAAAAAACAUUUGCAAAGGUACAGUUCAAGUUGAACAGUUCAACAGAUCAUCACAUUUGCAUUUACUGUAAGUUGUAAGAAAGCCAUGAGUUUUGACCUUAAAAUGCUUAAGGCGUCUUUAAUGUCAAAGCCUGGAUGUCCGGACGUUUAACACCUCUGCUUGAGUAUGAAUCGGUUGAAGCAAAUAAACGAAACUUAAAUUUAACAGGCGCCAAAGUUUUAGAUCUGUUGUAUUAUUUUGCAGCGUCUUGUACAUUAAGUGGAUCAUCCGUUCAUGUAUCAGCACUUAAAACAGAAUACAAAGAGUUACUGUAAGUUAUAAUCUUCCUCAUGAAUGUCUCAUUACAGAUUGUCGUGAGUGGAUAACAUUCUGUCCUUGUUUUUCUUAAUUUGUGGUCCAAGUGUGCUUGUUAGUGCAUCUAUUAGUGAUGUGACCAUAACAUCAUGAUCAAUAGUUUACUUUUCCUCAGCAUUUACAGGAUAUAAAAAUGAUUUCAUUUAAAUGGUUAUUUAAAACAUGCAAACACCUGAACGUUUGCAUUACUAGGAAGUUCAUUACCUCCUGUCUCACUCAGAGAUGUGUCUCAGGUGUAUUACGUGUCAUAGUAUGUUAUUUAAAGUCUUUACAUUAGACUGAAUACACAAUAAAACACGCUGACCUAUUGUCCUGACUACAAUAGGCGAUGUAUAUAUUGAUAUGUUUAAGAGUUUGCAUUACUGUAAUACUACAUUUGUAAAUGUAUUUCACUCAUAUAGCAAAUAAACUCAAAGCUCUGAAUGAAACACUGAAAUAUAAAAUCAACUACCUGACCUGCUAGAAAAAAAUGCUCCGCUUUGAUUCCUCUCCUUGGAUUAUUCGGAUCUUCGCUUUUGAAAAUAACUGAAAUGAAUCAGGUUCUGAAAUGCACUGAUUUUUGUUUUCUUGUGUGUGUCCCAUGGACAUAAUGAUAAAAGUUUCUGAAUGUUUCAUCCUAUUCUUAAAUUAAAUACAAACUACUAUCUGUUACCGGAUAUUUAAAGGUGAAGUGCGUAAAAUUUGGACAUUCAAAUAUUCCCUACUAUCUCUGCUUAAUAUGUCGAAGCAAAUUUGAAGCCAUCUGUAGGUUGAUUUUCCUUAAACAUGUGUCACUCUAUGGUGCUUUCAGAACAUUGCUCUGUUUGUUUGAGCAUCCUGACCAGCCCGACAUAGCAACAUUGGCUGAACCAAUGGCGUGAGUUGUAUCUGUAUGACUGACCAAUGGCAUAUUGAUGAGGGGUUACACACUUCUCCUUUAAGGAUGUUUUUAUACACUCUUGAAGAUAAAGGUGCCUUACGAUACCAUAGAAAAAAAAACAUUUUUUUGACUUAUGGUAAGAAAGAAAUGGUUCUACGAAUGGUUUCAUAAAUGGUUCUUUGGGAACUAAAUGUUUUUUCUUUAAGCACCUUUACUUUUAAGAGUGUAUCGUGCAUUGUAUGUCAACGAAGUUUCCUCUCUGUUACUUCUAAUUUGUGUUGAAUAACUUUUAUGAGCUUAAUGUGUGAACCGUUACAACACGUUACUGGAAAAGCAUGUCUUAAGGCUGUGAUUUUAUUUGUUUUGUUCAAACCAUGUUAGUGUAUCUUACCUCACUGUUGUGAUGCAUUGAAAAGCUAUUAGCUUGCACUUCAGGUUUGAGUAUUAAAAGACAAUGUAAAAGCAUGCC